UUAGGCCUACUGAUAACCAUAGAAGAAGAGAAACCCCCCGAAGAAGCGGAAGAAAAAGCAUCAGCAACGUAAACACACAAAAUGUCGCAGCCACCAGACACUGGGAGCUUUUUAUCAGCCUCUUCUCAGCUCAACCUCAUGGAAGCGGAACCGAUUGACGAUAAGGAGUUUGACAUACCCCAAGUGGACACACCUCCCACACUGGAGAGCAUCCUUAGUCAGGUGGAGGAGGGGGAAGAUCCAAUUGUUUUGGAGGACACUUGUACCCUAAACACAGACAACAUGGAUGCCCAGUCUUGUGAAACCUCAUCUGUGGCCAGCUCAGACAGCGGAGACCUGGCACACCUGAAACGAAAGAGAAGGACACAGGACUCCAAUACAGCAGUUCAUGGGUCUGUCCUCCGAAUCAGUUUACUGAAGGGCAUCUCUGCACAGAUUGCUGCUGCUGCUGACAAAGUGGAUGCUGGCCUUCCAACUGCAAUAACGAUGUCUGGUGUGAUUGCUGUGGGAACAUCACAUGGUCUUGCCUUGGUAUUUGAUACAAACCAGGCUUUACGGCUGUGUCUGGGUUCAAAGACCACUGGAGCAGAGUUUGGUGCCGUCUCUGCUCUCAGCAUCAAUCAUGACUGCUCUCGUCUUCUCUGUGGCUUUGCUAAAGGCCAGAUUACCAUGUGGGAUCUUGCCAAUGGAAAGCUCUUGAGAACCAUCACUGAUGCCCAUCCCCCAGGGACAGCUAUACUGCAUGUGAAGUUUACCGAUGACCCAACUGUGGCCAUAAGCAACGACAGUGGAGGAUCCGUCUUUGAACUCACUUUCAGGAGGGUAAUGGGGAUGCGAUCAUGUGACUCUCGAUGCCUUUUCAGCGGCUCUAAAGGAGAGGUGUGCUGCAUUGAACCUUUGCGGGCUCCUCCAGAUUUCACAGAUCAUCCCAUAAUGUGCUACUCUCUGCUGGCUAUGGCUUCCCUUACCAAGAUUCUUGUCAUUGGACUCAAGCCCACAUUGAACGUCUGGAUGACUUUUCCCUACACCAAGACUGAUCCAUCCAGUGUCCCUCAUUUGGCUUGGCAGUUUGUCCCAGUUCAGAAGAUGGUCAAUCCCAUCCUGGCUUUCUGUAAAGGAGACUCAAUCCACUUCCUCUUGGUAAAAAAGGAAGAGGUGGGCACCAUCCACGUCAUCAAACAACGCCAGCUCCACCUCAGCUGUGACAUCAUUAGCUUAAAUUGGAUCAACAGCUGUACGCUGGUUUUGGUGGACAGCCAUGAGAAGCUGCAUGUUGUAGACCGGCCCUCUCAUGAGGUGUUGGAGACGCAGGACUUAGAGCAGGUCCAGCUGGUCUAUAACAGCCAACACUUCAAAUCACUGGCCACUGGAGGAAACGUUUCUCAGGCACUGGCUCUGGUUGGAGAGAAGGCUUGUUACCAGUCAGUGUCUACUCAUGCUGGACAGAUCAUCUGUUUGGGCACUAAGUCUGCUCACAUCAUGACUUUAAGGAACUGGAAGGAGCGGUUGGACUGUUUGCUGAAACAGGAGGAUUUUGUUGAGGCUCUGACGUUGGCCUGGUCCUUCCACGAGGGGACCGCUAAAGCUGUGGUUGGUCUUCCUGGGGAUCCAAAGAAAAGGAAGGAAGCUGUCAGUGACAAGAUGGCAGAGAUUCUUCUCCAGUUUGCAGAGUAUGCUUUAAAAAAGUGUCCAGAACAAGGCAAGAUCCAGGUGAUGGGGCAGCAUUUCCAGGAUGUGAUUCCAGUGUUGGUGGAGUACUGUCUGCUUCUACAGAAGGUUGACUUGCUUUUCAACCAGCUGUAUCCACGACUGCUAGAGAACAUGGCUGCUAAGGGCAUUUUUCUGGAGUCGCUGGAGACACACAUCGUUGCUAACCGCCUUGGUCACCUAUCUACAGCCAUUCUGAGGGACCUUCUAGCUCAUUACCAUGAUAGUGGGAUGAUGGACAGCCUGGAGAGAUGCAUUGUCCAUCUAGACGUUACCAAUCUGGACAUACAACAGGUGAUUCAGAUCUGUUGGAACAACCAGCUCUAUGAUGCAGUCAUCUACAUCUACAACAGAGGCAUGAAUGAUUACAUCACUCCAAUGGAGAAACUUUUUUCAGUGAUUAGCCCCAGAGUGAAGCAGGGCAGAAGCCUCACAGAUGAGGAUGUGGUGAUGGGAAACAAACUACUGGUUUACCUAAGCUGCUGUCUUGCUGGAAGGGCUUAUCCACUAGGAGACAUUCCUGAAGAUCUUGUGGUUCAAGUCAAAAACCAGGUAUUUGAGUUCUUGAUUCGUCUCCAUUCAGGAAACUCAUCCCAGGAGGAAGUCGUGACUUUCCCGUUCAUACGGACACUGCUGCACUUUGACGCACGAGAGUUUCUCAAUGUACUUGCCAUGACCUUUGAUGACUUCCAGAAUGACAAGCAGGCUCUUGAGUACCAACAGAGAAUAGUAGACAUCUUACUUCAGCUCAUGGUGGACAACCCAGACUUCACUCCAUCCCAAGUGGGCGGUCUCUUCACCUUCCUGGCCCGCCAGCUGGCCAAGCCAAACAACACACUUUUUGUAAACAGGAAGCUUUUUGAUCAGGUGCUUGAGUUCCUGUGCUGCCCUGAUGAUGAUUCUCGGCACGCUGAAAGGCAGCAGGUCCUGUUGGAGCUGCUGCAGGUUGGAGGUGUGGUCCAGUUUAAUGAAGAAAAACUUUUUACUUUAGCAGAAAAGGCUGCCUUCUACCAGAUCUGCGAGUUUCUUUAUGAAAAGAAACAUCUGUAUGAUGGGAUCAUCGACUGCUACCUGAAAGACCCCCUCCGAAAGGCGGAGAUCUUUAACUACAUCCACAAUCUACUGUCGAUGCCUGGUUACACUUCUGAGGAGAAGAACCGGGUCAGACACAAAGUUCUGCAGCACAUACAGGAGCUGGUGACCCUUGACCCCAGCAAAUCAGCUGACCUGGUGUUGUGGCACUUUACUGAAAAGUUACAGCCUAUCAUCUCAGAGCUAAAGCAGGAUGCCCAGCUUCUAUUCAGAUUUCUGAGCUGUCUCUUGGAGCCACGGGAAGAAGCUCAUCCAGGGCCUUCAGAACCUGAACUUCAUGAGCUUCUUCUGGACUUGAUGUGCCAGUUUGCACCCAGCAAGCUCCUGACCUUCCUCCAGACAUCCCAGCAUUACAGACUGGAGGAAGCUAUACAAAUAACAAAGAAGUACCAGAGGAAUGCGGCCACAGCCUACCUGCUUGAGAUGAAGGGGGACAUUCAUGGAGCUUUUGCUAGUUUGUUACAGACGCUGAAGGACAGACUGUGUGACCUGACUGCUGAGUAUGAACGUGAUGAUGGACAAGAUGAAGAGGGGAAGGGCAGAGCCACAACGCUGACUACAUUGAACGAUUCUCUGAAUAACAUAAUUUCCUUUUGUCUUCGGAAGUGUCCAAGCCUUGACCAGGAGCAGAGGAAGGACCUUUGGUUUAUGCUUCUGGACACCAUGAUGGCUGCCCAAAAAGACCUAACAGGCCUCAAAGCAAAACACACUUGUGAUGGGCUGAAGGAGAUGACACUGAAUGUAUUCAACUGUAUGAGCAGUUUUGUUUCUCUUCCUGCAAUUGUUCAACAAAUACUACAGGAUCCCGUUUAUGGAAAAGGAAAACUGGCAGAGAUUCAAGGCCUCAUUCUGGGAAUGCUGGAUACGUUUACCUAUGAACAGACUUUACUUGAAACCACCACCAGUCUGCUAAACCAUGACCUCCAUUGGUCAUUGGCUCACCUACACUUUGCUACCACUAGAGGGCUCCACCCACGACAGGACUACUGCAGCAUCUGCAUGCAGCAGUACAAGAGGAGGCAUGAUACGCCUGAGGAGAUCCUUCUGUUCAGUUGUGGCCACCUGUAUCACUUGCAGUGCCUGCAGCAGAAAGACUGUGGAAGGGCCCCUGUUUCAGACGUACAGCCACAGUGGAGGUGCUACAAGUGUUACUACAGCCAUGGAGGUAGAGGUCCUUUUACAGAAGCAAACAGAAGCCGCAGUGCAUCUUUGGCUCAGGGUCUUGUUUCUUCUGGACAUCAUGACAAAGGAGCAGAGCCACACAGGAAAAAACUCUUUUCUGCUGCAACGCUGGAUAUACAGCAGGAACUCUCCUGGGAUCAGUUACGCAGUCUAUACCGAGGACCAUCCGGGCUGUCCAUCCUCUCAGAAGUGUCCCCCUGUCCAAGUGGUGAGAGGUCACGGUUCCAACUUGCUGCCCAACCAGGGAACACAGAGAGUUUACUUCUGAAACUCUCUCCACCACCUAUGUUUGAAGAAUAACAUCUGAUUCAACACAGAUGUUGUUGGGCAGAGGCCACUUGUGUGUGGGUUUUUGUCCAUUUUAAUGUGAACUAGCUGAACGAUUUUAAAGUACCUGUAAAUAAUCUUAACUGGAGCGUUUAGACUUUGGUCUGGUCUAGUGUCAGGCUGCUGUUACUGUUCAGACUGUGUAGAAGAUGAAUGAUAACCAUUUACGUCAGUUUUGUACUUGAAGAUUGUUGCUAAGUAACAUGAAUCACUGCUUUAUUAACAACAAAUGUAAUAAAAAUGCAGAGUAGAAAACAUUUGACUUUUGUCACCUAAUGUAUUGGUAACAUGAGGAGCUCCAAAUGUUCCAUUAAAAGAUUUUCUGUUGCAUGUUUGAAGCCUAAAGUAAAAAAUGUCUUAAAGCUUU